AUUUGCAAAAGCCCCCUGAAUCGGAUCGCGACUAUGGAUCGCGAUCCAAAUAUUUACAGAAACCCCCCGAAUUGGAUCGCGACUAUUAAUCGCGAUCCAACUAUUUACAGAAAACUUCCUAAAUUGGAUCGCCAUUAUUAAUCGUGAUCCAUAUAUUUACAUAAAGACCACUGAAAUGGAUCGCGAUUAUUAGUCGCGACCCAAAUAUUUGCAAAAUCCCCCCCUAAUUUCCCCGCACUCUCGCAGUCUCUUCUCGUUCCCCUCCGGCGACGGCGACGUCGUCUCGGACGGACUUGCGAUACUCCUCCGGAUCGCCCUCAACCCUCUCGCAUGCCGGAUCCCUUCCCUCCUUCUGCCGCGUCCGAUUCCGGCUCGUCUUCCCCUCCCAGCCAAACCUGGCGCACCUCACCUCGUCCCCGUCGCCAUCAUACCGCGGGGCGCGCUCCGCCGGCGUCAACGGUACUCUCGUCCCGCAACUCGUGGAGGAGGAGGAUGCCUCCACCCGGGUUCCUUCCCUCGCAGCCGGUUUCCAGCGUCGACUGCGCAGACCUCGAGGUGCCUAGGCUGUCGUCUCCGCUGGCACCACGCGGCGCUUGGUGCCGUUCCCGGGCCCGAUGGAGCCCGGAUCGCCGGAGGCGGAGCCUAAGGCUUGAUUGGUUGGGAAGCCGUCACGCGGCUCCGCGAGGACGAGGGCGUCCGCACCGCAGAGGCGCGACAUUGGGAGUGGGACAUGCGCCAUUUGCUUUGCAAUGCGUUGCAGCCAGUUGGGGAUUACUCUGCAUUGGCACCUGAUGGGAUGCAGAGAAUGAUUUCGGGUCAAUGCUGGAGAAGAAGCGUGUCCGAUCAAUCCAUGAUCCGACGAAUUCUGCAUUGGCCGUGCCGUGCGGGUUCGCCGACUCGCCGUCGCCAUCUCAGGUAAGUAAAAGCCAAGACCCGAUGCUUAUAAAUGUCAUUCUAGGUAUAUGCAGCGUCCAUUAGACGGACGAUCUAACAUUCAGUAGUCCGUAGAAUAGAUUUGUCUUUGUGUCACACUGUCACUCUCACACUUGAAGAAAUAGACGACGCAGCACGUCAGUCAGUCAACCCUGGACCCAGCCCAAUUACCCAAGCGAGGGGGUGGUGAAGAAAAUGAAGAAAACUGUGGUUUGAAGUUUGGCUGGCAAUGAUUUUUUGAACAUUGAGUUAGAGGGAGUAUAAGAAUUGACAGCCUUAGCGUGCGCUCAAUCUCUUUCAAGGACCCCCAAGAACAAAACCGAAUGAAGCCAUUGCCAAGCACACCAUCUGACCAAGUACCCCAAAACCUGGAGAGAGAAAAAGUAUCCUCUAAUUUUCCUUUCUUGAGACAGUGAAGAUCAGCAGGAGUUAAGUGGAGGGAGUGAGGCGAAGCAAUCAAGUGGAGGCCAAGACACAAGAAGGUUCGAUCAGGCGUCUAUGGUGUAGGUACUGUCCCCAUGUUAUCAACAGAUUUCUGGUGCUAGUAGCACUCUUCUAUUUGUCCUUGUUUCACAAUGAGUUUGUGGCUGCCGCCGAUGGGCCGUCUUCCCUACCAAUGGAUGAGGCACAGAAGGCCAUCUUGAUGAAUCUCUCGAGCGUCGUGGGUACCAAGAAGUGGAAGGCAAGAAGUUUCAAUCAGAUGGCAAUGGUGGGGAUGAGAAGGUAUUAUCUCUGCGCCAGCCAUGGUUUCUUCCUGCUAGUGUUUCUCCCGUUCUUGUUCUUGUUUCACCAUGCGCCCGUGGCCGCCAGCGCCUAUGCGCCCUCUUCGCAACCAUCACUGAACAAGACACAGGAAGCCAUCAUGAAGGAUCUCAUGACGAUCGUUGGUAGCAGCAGUUGGUCGAACACCACCACCUCGAAUCCUUGUAAGUGGAGCGGAGUCAACUGCACGCGCUCCGGUUCCUCUUGGGUGGUGACCAACAUCGCCUUGCCCAACUGUGGAAUAUCAAACUCUUCCAUCUUCGCUUCCAUUUGCCGUCUUGAGAGCUUGCUGGCCCUUGACCUCUCCAGAAAUUCCUUGACAAAUUUGACCACCCAAUUCUUCUCCCCUUCUUGUUCGAUGAAGGAAGGGUUGCGUCUCCUCAAUCUGAGCAGCAACAUGUUAUCUCACCCGCUCAGUAAUUUCUCAGCUUUCCCACAAUUGGAGGUUCUUGAUUUGUCCUUAAAUUCUUUUACUAGUGAAAAUUUGAGUGCAGACUUGGGUUCUUUUCUCAAAUUGAGGAGCUUGAACGUUAGUGCCAAUAAGUUGAAUGGCGAAGUUCCUACUUCUAUGGUCGGCUCUUUGUUGGAGUUGGUAUUGUCUGGUAAUCGGUUGAGUGGUUCAAUUCCUCCAGAUUUGUUUAAAUAUGAAAAUCUUACUCUGCUGGAUCUCAGCCAGAAUGAUCUAACUGGCGUUGUCCCAGAUAAGUUCAUGAAUCUCUCCAAGCUUGAGACUUUGCUCCUUUCAGGCAAUAAACUGAUUGGGGAAAUACCACCGAGUCUGUCAAAUGUAAGGACGCUGUCUCGGUUUGCGGCUAACCAGAACAACUUCAAUGGUUCAGUUCCCAGCAAUAUUACCAAACAUGUAAGGAUUUUGGAUCUGAGUUACAACAAUCUGAACGGGACGAUUCCCUUGGAUUUUCUCUCCCAUCCAGGGUUGCAGAGUGUUGAUCUUACCACAAACAUGCUUGAAGGGUCUAUUCCCCGCAACUUCUCUCCAAGCCUCUACCGCUUGAGGCUUGGUGGGAACAGGCUCAGUGGGAACAUCUCAGACUCAAUUUGUGAUGGCAUGGGCUUGACUUAUCUUGAGUUGGAUAACAAUCAGUUGACUGGAAAUAUACCGUCAGAGCUUGGUAACUGCAAGAAUCUGUCCUUGUUGAGUCUGGCAUCAAAUAAGCUACAGGGUCAAGUGCCUCCUGCUAUCAGUAGCCUUGACAAGCUGGUAGUUCUGAAGCUUCAAAACAACUCUCUCAACGGACCUAUCCCAUAUGCAUUUUCUGAUUUAAAGAGCCUGAGCAUAUUGAAUCUUAGUCAGAAUUUACUCACAGGCGAGAUACCAAGCGGAAUUUUCGAGUUGCAAAAGCUUUCCAUCUUGGAUUUGCAUGACAACAGUAUCAGUGGUGCCAUUCCAAUUUCAGUCAGUUUAUCAAAGGCUCUAAUUGAGCUGAAUCUGGGGAAUAAUGCUCUGGCUGGUACCAUCCCAACAAUGCCAACCACACUAACCACGUCUCUUAAUCUUACUCACAACAAUCUCAGCGGAUCUAUUCCUUCAGAUAUUGGCUACUUAAGUGAAUUAGAGAUACUUGAUCUUUCAUACAACAGUCUGUCUGGUGAGGUGCCAUCUUCACUAGGGAACCUGCAAAGUUUGACACAGCUGGUGCUUUCUUAUAAUGAUCUUUCUGGGUCUGUUCCUAGCUUCCUCAUAAAUGUGUCAAUUCAUAUUGAAGGGAAUCCUGAUCUUGUAAAUGGUACAGGAGACAAGAAUGGCAUCCAUACUACUAGUACGAGAAAAAGGCACACUGUUGUCAUCAUCAUCUUCAUUAUUGCCGGUGCUCUUGUUGGAUUGUGUUUGCUUGCUGCUAUUGUUAUGAUGUCGUUAUCAGCUGGGGAGAGUGUUUCUCAAAUCAUCAAUGGUGGCCCAGUUUUGAACAACAACCAAACCUCUGCAACUGCAACUGAGUUCAUGAAAGCAAGGCCGGAUAACUGGCAGGUCACACGUUUCCAAGCUUUGAACUUCGAGGAUGCAGACAUACACCAGGGGCUAAUUGAGAAGAACCUCAUUGGCAGCGGCGGAUCAGGGCACGUGUACCGUGUCAUGUACAUCAACCGGUGCAACGGCAGCACUGGGGUGGUUGCUGUGAAGCUGAUACGGAGUACUGGGAGCCUGGACGAGAAGCUGGAGCGUGAAUUCGAGUCUGAGGUGAGCAGCCUUGGUAACGUCAGGCACAAUAACAUCAUCAGGCUGCUGUGCUGCAUCUCUGGUGAUGAGUCAAAGCUCCUCGUGUACGAUUACAUGGACAACGGCAGCCUGGACAAUUGGCUCCAUGGCAACACCCUCUGCACAGGGCACUCCAUGGUGAGGCCGCAGUCUGUGCAGCGCGUACCGUUGGACUGGCCGACGAGGCUUAUAGUGGCUGUUGGUGCCGCACAGGGACUGUGCUACAUGCAUCACGACUGUUCACCACCUAUCAUUCACCGGGACAUCAAGACGAGCAAUAUCUUACUGGACUCCGAGUUCCAGGCUAAGGUUGCGGACUUCGGGCUGGCCAGGAUGCUGGUGCGGGCAGGGGAGCCCAACACAAUGUCUGCAGUGGCCGGAUCGUUUGGCUACAUGGCUCCCGAGUAUGCUUACACGAGGAAGGUGAAUGAGAAGGUGGAUGUCUACAGCUUUGGAGUCGUGCUCUUGGAGCUCACAACCGGCAAGAAGGCCAACGAAGGCGGCGAGCUUGGUUGCCUGGCCGAAUGGGCUCGGCACCACUACCAAUCAGGGGCGGCCAUCCUCGAUGUUAUAGACAAAAGCAUCAGGUAUGCAGGAUACCCUAGCGAGAUUGAGACUGUGUUCAGCCUAGGCGUGCAAUGCACCGCAACCUUUCCAUUGACACGGCCGACUAUGAAGAAUGUGCUGCGGAUUUUGCUCAAGUGCUGCGAUCAGACGCUCCGGAAAAGCAGAAUGGAGUUUAGCAUGGAGUACGAAGCAGCUCCAUUCUUGAUGCCAUAGCGGAUCAGCUGUCAGGAACAGAUGUCCAACGGCAAAGGAAAGAAGUAUUAUUGAAAACUGAAGAGAAGAGUGACUUCAAUUGCAGUGCUGAACUCUUAGGAUAAAACUUGACACUGCACACAGGACAUAUUUUGUUUUCAGAACAUGCUAGGACAUAUUUAUUUUUAAGUGGAGUUGCAGUAGUAGCCAUGUGUGAGUAGUUUCUAGUCGUUUUUGUAUCCUCUGUUUUUUUUUCUAUGGCAAAUCUCUUUGACGUCUUAAGAUAUA